AUGGCAACGCCUGUGGCGUUUCUGCCCCUGCUGGCAACUGCAGCUGUUGCCGCUUCACUCCCUCGCGGCGACAGCUCUUCUUCUUCUUCAUCUUCAACAACCGUCUGGGCGACGCCCCACGACAGCUACUCGUCGUCCAUCGGCGUGCUGGGCUGCAAGGUCAACACCAACCGAGUCGCCUACUGGCCCGACUCCGUCGACUGCAACAACAUCUGCGUGUCUCUCCAGUACCAGGAUCGCCAGGUCUAUCUGCUCCGCGUGGACCAGUCCCAGGGCGCCCACGACGUCAGCUACGAUGCCUGGAACUAUCUUUACACGGGCUACUCCGCCACCGACAAGCCCUUUGCGGGAGGACCCGUCGAGAUGACGACGCAAAACGUCGAUGCGUCCAAGUGCGCGAGCCUGCUCCACACAAAGGGCAGCAAGCUCCCUCUCAGCGCGGCAAACAGCAUGAACUUCCUGGCCAGCUGUCUCGAGCAGGAGAACUCGUGGGUUGCGAACAACUAUGUCCUGUACAACAUCCUCGACUCGAUAUGCACCCUUGGACAAAACCAAGUUUGCACCCUGGACUGGCCCAACGCCAACCAGCCGUCCUGUCCGGGCACCCUUGGCGUGCCCGAUCCCCUCAAGUCGCAGCCCGUAUACAACAUUCAGUAUCCGUCCGGCGACAAAGUGCUCGCUGGAGCGCCACCAACAGUGCCCACUGGGGUCCCGGUCCCGGCACCGACGCCGACUGGUGAUGGCGGCGACGAGGAGAACGAUGCGCGGAGCCUGAUGGAUCCGGGUUCUCUAUUCCGGAUCACAAUCCUUUCCUUACUCUUCUCAAUAUUUUCUUUGAUGCUGUGGUAA